CUGGAAGUAUUGAGCCAAAGUCAGAUCAAACGUACAAAGAGGCUGAGAGCAGAGUUACAUGACAAUAAACUUGGUAUGAGAGGAGACCGAGCAAAACAAAACAGAUGAUAAAAGCAUGAAUUGUUUGCUGUUAGCAAUGCCUUUGUAACAUCACAGGCUGUUUCUAAGCUAUAUUUUCCACUGCAUUGCUGGCUUGCAAAACUUUUAAUGGAACAAGUUUUUCUGGCAGAAGAACACUGAUUUUUAUCUUUAAUGAGCAGCCUCUCUAUCAUUUAGCUUCAGGAAACAGCUUCCUGGUUGUAAACUGCUUGAGAGUGCUGACAGCCAGUCAACUUCAAAAGCACCAAAGGAGAAACUUUCUUGCUAACUUUGUGAAGAGAUUAAAAAUGCUGGAAGGUGCAGACAAUGUUGUUACGGAGCAGGAGGACUCUGCUUCCCGACAUGGAGAAAUGAGAAGUUGGGAUAUCAAUGACAUCAAACUUCCCCAGGAUGUGAGACAGACUGACUGGUUUCAAGAAUGGCCCGAUUCCUAUGUAAAACAUAUCUAUAGCUCAGAGGAUAAAAAUGCUCAGAGACACCACAGCAGCUGGGCAAUGAGAAACACCAACAACCACAACUCUCGCAUCUUAAAAAAGUCCUGCCUUGGGGUGGUGGUCUGCGGCAAUGACUGCUCAACCUUGGAUGGAAGGAAGAUCUACCUAAGACCAGCCAUAUGUGAUAAAGCUAGGCAAAAACAACAGCGGAAAUGCUGUCCAAACUGCAAUGGGCCCCUGCGGCUCCUUUCCUGCCGAGGCCAUGGUGGUUACCCAGUUACCAACUUCUGGAGGCAUGAAGGCCGAUUCAUAUUUUUUCAGUCCAAAGGAGCUCAUGACCAUCCACGUCCAGAAACAAAAGUAGAGGCAGAAGCAAGAAGAUCAAUCCAAAAAGCACAGACAGCUUUUUCUCCAUCUUCUCCAAGGUUAAAAAGAAGCCAGGAAACUGAGUCUCUGACAGGUGCACUGCCAACGCAGGAGACUUUGCCUUUGCUUCUUUCCAACAUGGAUGCUUAUGUUCUACCUGCUAAUUUCAGGGGGCAUUUAAGCAAAAGCUUCCAGGAGCCAACACUGGGCAGCUGCUCUGGGUGGCCGCCGUGCCCAAGGGCAGCUGGGGAGGACGGGGGCACUGGAGAAUUUCCGACCUGGAGCGGGAGCCUGGCUUUGGGGAGGGUCCCCAGCGCCGGGAGGCCUUGCAGAGGCCAUGCCAGCCCCACAGCCAACCCGCCCUGUGCAGCCGCUUCCCCCCAGCACUGCGCCCACCCCAGCAUCCAUCACGUCCCACGCAGCUCUCAGCACCUCGAGGGGGAAGCGAGUGAGACAAGGCCAAGGGAAGGCACCAUACAGGUCUCAACUACUGCAAUGGCGACAUGCUUUUUAACCUGUACCCACUACGGUGAACAGGUUUAAAUGCCCUCUCCCCAUCCUCAUCCUCUGGCAACCAGCCUAAUGCUCCAUUGCAACGCAGAUGUGAAAGUGCUACUGCACCAAUUCCCUCAUUAGCUCCUCUUGAAAGCCUCAGGAGGGUCUUUCAUACCUGAAGACUUGCCUUUGUUAUUUUUUUUUAACUGUAAUAUUUUUUCCCACUAUUUCAUUGGUCUAAUAAAAGUAUCAGCUCUUACAGACCACCUCACUGCCAUUCUGGUUUGGUAGCAUUUCAAUCCCCCUUGAUACUCCGUUUGUUCAAGCCUGUGGGACUGUGGAAGAUGACCUCAAGGACCACAACUGUUGUGUGUGACCCUCUGCUUUCUUCCAGCUUCUUCAGGUAGUGAUCUAAGUGCCUCCACUGCACCAGUCCUGCAAAUUCUAUUGUAUAGAAUAAGCAUAGAAGGGUUUGGGUUGGAAAGGACCUUAAAGAUCAUCUAGUUCCAACACCCAUGCUAUGGACAGGGACAUCUUCCACUAUAUCACGUUGCUCAAAGCCCCAUCCAACCUGGCCUUGAACACUUCCAAGGAUGGAGCAUCCGCAGUUUCUCUGAGCAGCCUGUUCCAAUGCCUCACUACCCUCAUAGUGAAUAAUUUUUUCCUUACAUCAAAUCUACCCUCUUUUAGUUUAAAACCCUUACCACUUGCCCUACCAUAACAGGACGUGCUUAAAAGCCUGUCCACAUCUUUCUCAUAGGCCCCUUUUAAGUACUGAAAGGCCACAAUAAGGUCUCCCUGGAGCCUCGUCUUGUCCAGGCUGAACAGCCCCAACUCUCUCAUCCUGUCCUCAUAGCAGAGGUGUUCCAUUCCACACCACAUCUUAGUAGUCUCCUCUGACCCCUCUCCAACAAGUCCACGGCUUUCCUGUACUGAGGGUUCCAGAGCUGGAUGCAGAACUGCAGGUGGGGUCUCACCAGAGCAGAGCAGGGGGGCAGAAUCACCUCCCUCAGCCUGUUGGACACUCUUCUUUUGAUGCAGCCCAGGAUAUGAUUUGCUUUCUGGGCUACAAGUGCACAUUGCCAGCUCGUGUCCAAUCUUUCAUCCACCAGUAUCUCCAAACGCUUCUCUGCAUGGCUGAGCCCAGUUUCAUACAUGUAUAUAUUCACUGUCUGACCCAGCUUCAUUCAUGCACAUAUUCAAGGUGCCCUGCUGCUUUUUCCAGCCACUUCUCAUUUCUUUCAUUGCAGACUCUAGCAAAUCCUCCAGCAUCCUUUCCAUACAUCACCCCCUUUUCUGACCACUUGCAUGAGCUAUAUUUCAGCAGGAGCUGUCAGUUUCCUACAUUUGUUUAAAAAAGUAGGGUGCCAAAUGUGAAUUUUCUUUCCUGAACUUAGUGGCCAGAGCAGAGAUCUUUCAUAAAGAUAUCUUUAAGUUUUCCCAUAAUUCACAUCUACAUGCCUUUCCUGCAUGCACUUCCGCUGCUCUCAGGACUGCGCUCCAGGGGCCGCCAGCCCUCACCCUGCAGAGGGAGGCACUGACACACAUCCCUGCUGUCCCCUCUGCCAGAAAGAGCUGAGGGGGUUGUGUCCAAAGCCACAUUUCAUGGCUGGUUCCUUUAAUCACUGCAAAGGUAAAGAGCCUUGGCUCCAUGGGCUGCCCAGCUGGAGGUUCUGACUGUGUCCUGCCCUGCCUGCAGAGAAAGAUGUGGUCCCACAGGCAGUGGUGAAAUAAAGCUUUUGUUAGGAUGAGUCUACGAGGACACUAUUAGGAAAAAAGUGACAAUAAAAACUCUUCACAUUACCUCAGACUGUGGUGUAUCUUGUGUCCAUUUAACAUUUUCAGUCUUAUAUUUUUUUUUUUCCUGUUUUCAUCUUUUCAGAUUCCCUCUUUUUUUGGAACACAUUAGUUACUUUGGAAUACAUUAAUUACUAGGGAAAUUGUUCUCAUUAUGAAGGGUGGAGUUUAGAGACAUUUACAAGAAAAGAACAAAUUAUAUUUAUGGACUGUUCCAAGAUGUUUAUUUCAAUUCAUGAAACAGGGGAUGUGUAGUGAUUUGUUUUAUGCAGAAAAAAUUGAAAUAUAGAUCCCAAAAUGACAGUCCGCUGUUGGAGGGGAGGGUCAGCUCAUCCAAAGUUUUUUAGUCUAUGAGUUAUUCCCAUGCUAAUUGCAAACUUUGCAUGUUUUAUGGUGAUUCUUUGGAUCAGGAACUCAGAGAAGGAAACUUUGAUCAAGGGUAAUAACAACCUCUACCUUUUAAGAGAGAAAAAGGGAAAUCAAUAGGAGCCACAAGUGCUUCGGGAGGUGAGCUGCAGGACGAGGGACAGGCCGGUUCCCUGGGGCUGCAUGUUCCAUAGAUGAGAUUCCUCUGUGACUGCCAAACCGGUUGCUCCAGUGAGGGACCGCGCAGGGUACGGACCCUGCCCGCUGCCGUCCUGCUGUGCCUUGUGUCCCCUCCCUGCUCCCCUGCGCUGCUGCCAGCACGGCCCUGCAGCAGUGGUGCCACAAGGGUGUGCGGCUGGGAGGCUCCUCAGACAUGGGUCCCACACUGAAGUGCCAUCUAUCCAUCCCCUUCGCACUUGCCAACACCUUCCUCUGCUUUUCAAAAUUUAGAGCAGAGGGGAUUUGAUAACGGGUCCUAUAACCUGUUCCAUGGCUUCACUGUCCCCGUUCCAACUAUUAGCAUUUUCUAACUCAUGUCUGAUUCUCCUUCCUGCAGAUCAAACAUUUCUUCAAGUCUUUGAAGAUGGGCAGCUCUUCUGGAGGAAACUCCAGCUACUGAGUUUCAUAGGCUUCCUAAAGGACUGUUAGUACCAAACCUUCCUAGAAGACAAUUACUACCAAACCCAUCUUCCUGUCUGAGAAGCAGGAAGCUUUUUGUUCCUUUGUCCUUAAGUCUGAACCAAAUGUUUUCCAAAACCAAAUCUCUUCCUGUGAGCACAGUUCCCCGCAACAUCUCCUGCCAGAGCAGGGCUGGGCCUUCUUGCAGCUCCCGUGCUCCUGGUCCUGUGCACCCAUGGCUGCCCCACAGUGUUCACUGCACCAAGUAUGUUUCUGAGAGGAACAUAUUUCAGGUUCUAAGAGGAGAGCUUAUUCCUCUUUAAAAAGGAGGGAACUAAGACUUCAUGGUUUUUCUAAGGCUAAACACCGAAAGGCUUUCCAGGUUUACAAGCUGCCAGGGUCAGUUUGACCUUUACACGUUCUUGCAGUGACUUCCACGCUGGCAGCAGCUCCCUCCACUUUAGAUACAAUCAGCACGGUGGGUCAAUAUAUAGUCCCAAAUUUAUAUCUGUACAGCUCAAAAUAUGAAGAUAGUAAUCCCAGCUCUGACCUUUGCAAAAAUGACUUUUUGCAACAUAUUUUGGAUACGUGAAAAUAAGUGUAUAUAUGUCACUGCUUUAGGCCUCUUUGAACCAGCUCAAAGGUAUUGUACCCAGCUGGGUGGCGAUAAGAAUCAGAGGUGAGAGAUGGGACUAAAUGCAUUUUCCUCUGCAAUUUUAGGAAAAUAUACUGAACACUGGAGAUAUUCAGAGUAGCUUCAUGAAGAAACACCAAUUGAUAGGUGAGGAUCUACCUGCAGGCAAGUCUGUAACUUUACUCUCUGCUGCAGAAAGUGGUUUUCUGCAAGGUGCAGGUGCAGUAAAACAUUAGGAAGGCAGCAGAGAUGCAAGGAGGUCAGGAUGUGGAUGAUUACACAGGCAAAAUGUUUUGUUCUGGCUUACUGGAGUUUCACAUGGCUGUAGCAACUGACAAAUCUUACACAAAUAUCCCUACAUGGUAUGUGUGAUCUACGCUCACUGCUUUCCCAAGGUCUUAGCUCUGAGGGCACUGGCCUCAGUGUUUAAGGGGUAAUUCUUUGGAAGUAAUCCUUGUGCUUGCUCCGAAGCAAACAUUUUUAUAUAUAAGGGCUCUCCUGAGGCCAUCAGGGAACCACAGCAAUGUUGCUCAGAAUGAGACAUUAGCCACGCACAGAAACACAGCUUUUAUGGGUCCUUUUUUGACUCAUGCAGCAUUUAAAGAUGAAAUAUAGACAUACAAUCAGAAGGUGCUAUCUUCAUAAUUCAAAGCAGCAGCUGGACACCACUUGGAUUUUGUGUAUUUAUCCUCAGAAUGUCAUUGUGAGAAAGGGAAACGCUUCUGUAUCAGUCAUAGCAAUGGGGAGAUGAGAAAGCAGAAUGGGGAUUUGACCCACAUCUCUCCAGCCCUGGGCACACACCUGCCCCAUUUCUUGCCCCUCUCCCUGGAGCCUCUGCUUUGCAUGUGA